GUUCACUCUCUCAACUCAGCUCUCAUCGCUCUAUUUAGAAGUUGCAACAGAGUUAAACAUAGGAAUGGCUCCGCCCAAAGCGACGAUUCGGACGAUAUCGCAGGAAGCAUUUGAUGAAAUGGUGAAGGAGAACAUGGACGACCUUGGAAUGGAUCCUGCUGAGGCUCUCCAGGACGCCAUAGAAACUCUUAGACUCCAAGGCGUGGAUCUAUCAGGCAUCAUUACUUGCGUUCCGGGAGAGAGUGAGGUGAAAGACAACCCCGUCAUCCAGUGUUUGGAUAGUUUAAAGCAACUGGAAUCUAGAUUGGGGGAUCAGAUCGGCGAUAAGGAUUUGGAUGUGAUGGUGGAACUGUUUGAUAAGUUUACCGAGGUCUGUAAUGUCGAAGGAUCUGGGAAUGCAGCUGUUGCUGCAAAGAAUGGCAGCGUGGAAUUGGUUUGUUCUGCAUGUUCCAAAAUACCCAAGGGAUGUGACCGUGCUCUGGUUUCAGCUCUGAAGACUAUGGCAUCGUUGCUCCACGAUGUUCAAAGCACCGGAAUAUUUCAGAGCAGUAAUGGACCGAGCAUUGUAAUUGGUAUCCUAAAUGAUAAUAAGCAGAAUGUUGACAUCUUAAAUGAUGGUUUUGGUGUGGUGGCUUCAGCUGCAACGGGUAAUGAAAUUGUCAAAGAGGCUUUCGUGAUCUUAAAAGUUGAUGAGCUAAUUAUGGAAAUCAUGUCCAUGCAUAAGAAUGUCAGCAUCCCAAGCUUAUAUGAUGCUAUUCGUGUACUUCUAACUGCCGAUGAUAAUCGAGUCGUAGCUUCUCAAGUUUAUGGGUAUGCACGAAAAUUUGCCAAGAUUGGGAUUGCAGAAGCCCUUGUCGACUCACUACAUUCAGGACUUACCUCUCCUGGCCUAGUUUCGGCAAGCAUUGCUUUAAAAGCCAUAGCUGUAAAUGAUGAAAUAUGCAGAUCUAUUGCUGAAAAGGGAGGUAUUGAUGCCUUACUCAGAUGCAUAGAUGACAGUGGCAAGCAAGGCAACAAAGGAGUGGCCAGAGUCUGCUGCUCCUUGCUUUCAAAGUUGGCAGGAAGUGAUGCGAACAAGAGUGCAGUUGUUGAAAAGGGAGGUAUGGAUAGACUAAUAAAACUUUCAGCAAGGUUUGCCGAAGACCCUUCUGUGUUGCAAGAGAUUAUGUCUAUUAUUACUGUGCUUUCAUUGAGAUCCCCGGACAAUGCUGCCCGUGCCGUUGAAGCUGGUGCUGGUGACCUUGCUAUUCAAGCCAUGCAGAAGUUUCCCGCAGCACAGCAAUUGCAGAGAAAUUCCUGUUUUAUGAUCAGAAAUCUUGCAGUGAGAAACCCUGAAAACAGGACCGCUCUGCUUAAUAGUGGGGUCGAGAAAUUCAUACGCAAGGCCAAGCAAAACCAUGACAGCUGUAAGGACGCAGCUACCGAUGCGCUGAGGGAUUUGGGGCUUGAUGAUUACAACCUGUAGCUCAUACAUUUUUGAUUCGAUGUGUUCCUUUUUUUUGAGAGGGUCUCAACGUCAGUGUGGGACAGCCAGUAUUUUUAACAUCUCCGCUACAAUAUGAUAUAUGCGUUACAAAAUACUUUGUACAAAGCUGAGGGUGAAGGAUAUUUUACUCAAAAA